CACAAAUCCCACAAAAUAAGACAGAGAGAGGGGGGUAAAUUUUAAAAAACAUUUGAUUAACGAACAGUCGUAUUUUCUCUCUCCUCCUCUACUUUCUCUCUCUUCCCCCUCUCUCUCAGUCACUAUCUCCGCCGACUUCGCAACGGUUCUCCGUCGCUCUUCGGCGGAGGUUUCUCCAACCGACGCCUUUUCUCUCUCCUUCUCCGUCUUCUUUUCGCUCGUUUUUUCUCCAUUUUCUCCUCCUGUUAGCUCUGAUCAAUUGGCGAGGAUAAUAUAGGAUUACAAAAUGAUUGGGCACUUUCUUACUAGAGGACUUGUGAUGAUUUUCGGUUAUGCCUAUCCAGCAUAUGAGUGCUACAAAACUGUUGAGAGGAAUAAACCGGAGAUAGAGCAGCUUCGCUUUUGGUGCCAAUACUGGAUUUUAGUUGCUCUAAUGACGGUGUUUGAGAGGGUUAGUGACACGUUCAUUUCAUGGCUUCCCAUGUAUAGUGAGGCGAAACUGGCAUUCAUAAUAUACCUAUGGUACCCUAGGACAAAGGGAACAACAUACGUUUAUGAUUCCUUCUUCAAACCAUAUGUUUCAAAGCAUGAGACGGAAAUUGAUCGCAACUUGAUGGAAUUAAGAAUUAGGGCUGGUGAUAUGACUUACAUGUACUGUCAGAAGGCUGUGAGCUACGGUCAAACAAGAAUCUUCGAGAUUUUGCAGUACGUCGCAGCACAAUCUACCCCAAGGCCUCGUUCUGCCCAGCCACAACAACCAGCUGCAAGAGGCCGCCAAUCGGUUUCUGCGUCUGCCACUGUUGCUGCUGCUGCUGCUGCUAUCAACGCUGCUGCUGCUGCAGCUCCUCGCCAACAGUCGACAAGAUCACAAGCUACUACACAGCCGCAGGAUGAGGAGCCUAUCUCUCCAACUUCAAGUGCAUCCUCCGGUCAAGACAAUGACAUGGAAGAGGAGAUCAGCUCUGUCAAAGAACCAUCUACCUCUGCUUCUGCUCCUACUCCUUCACCAGCCCCAAGCCCUCUAAAGAAGUCAGUAUCAGUGCCGUCUGUACCUGAGAGCUCAAGCCAACCAGCAAGUAACAACGCAGAUGUCAAGCCGAUUGAACCAGCUCCUACCAAGUCAGAAAAAUCACCGGUUAAGCCUACGGGGGCAAAAUCUCUGCCUACCCCGGAGGAGACAGUAAUGGAAGAAGCUAUUCGGAUGACCAGGGGAAGAUUAAGGAAGACUAGGUCCACAACAACCAAGUAAAUUGACUAGCCACACUUGUCGUCUCCUUUUAAAUGUGAGUAUUCUAGCGGUAGGUUGGAUAUGCACUAUGAAAUGAUGUUAUCUGAAAAUUAUAAAUAACUGGGGCUUUUUUUUGAUCUCCCUGUAUAUUUGUUACUCACCUAUUUCGAUUCAAUUGGUUGCUUUAUUCA